GACAAAAAAACCAAAUACCAGAACAAACUUAUAUUUUCACACCAUACCCAAAAGAAUGAAGCGAAGUUUUCCCAAUAGAGAACUGGAGAACAAUAUAGCUUUGGCAAAUUGUUUGAUGCUCCUUUCACAUGGAGGAACCGAGUUCGAGCACGCCGAGAUCGAUAAUAUCCCGACUCGGGUUUUCGAGUGCAAAACAUGUAACCGGCAGUUUCAGUCGUUCCAAGCUCUAGGAGGUCAUCGAGCGAGCCAUAAAAGGCCCAAGUUGGCGGAAGCAGACGGCGAGGCUUCGGAUAAUCAAACGUCACCGGCUAAACCUAAGACGCAUGAGUGCUCAAUUUGUGGGCUCGAUUUUGCCAUUGGACAAGCGUUGGGAGGACAUAUGAGGAGGCAUAGGGCUGUUUUGAGUGAAAAUCGGCAUGGUUCUUUGAAUUCGUCUAAUGAAGAAGUGAUGGCACCGAUUGUGAAGAAAUCUAAUAGCAGAAGAGUUUUGUGUUUAGAUUUAAACUUGACUCCAUUGGAGAAUGAUUUGGAAUUGCUUGGCAAGGCACCUCCAACAAUAAAUUUUUUCUUAUAAACUGUAUUAUUAAUUAUUAUUUUAUAUUUGUUCAUUAAUUUACAUAUAAAAAUACAGUAA